AAUUUUUUUUAGUUAUUCACUUGCUUUCCAAGCAAUUAACAAGACGAACAUGCUAAUUAAAUUAAUUUUUCUUACAUUUUGCUUAAUUAAACUCAUUAAAUCAGAUGAAAUUUGUAUUGAUUUAGCAAAUGAUCAGAAAAUUUCUGUAUCAUCAAUUGCUAAGGAGGAUUGGUUAACAAGCUCUUAUCCAGUUUGUGCUUCAUUUAGUAAUCAAAUCAAUAAAACAGGAUGGGCAAAACUUCACGUUUGGACUCAAUCUCAAUCUAAUUACAAUGAUUCAACUCUGGCCUAUUUGGCUGGUUACAUUGAGGGCUACCUAACCAAGGAUUUAAUUAAUAUGCAUUAUGACAAUUUAUGGGAAAAAUACUGUAACGGAGAAAUGGCCUUUUGCCGUCGAGCUUUUGACUUUUUCGCUCAGAAUGAGGCCUACAUUGAACGAGAAGCGAUCGCCAACCGAGAUACUGAUCCAUACUGGAAUCAGGUUGGUCUGAUUUUAGACCAAUUAACUGGAAUGGAAGAAGCAAUUAACUCGAGAUCAAGUUACCAUCCCGGUUAUCGUGUUAAUACAACGGGUAAAGUUUAUCUGGUCAACACUGUGGCCGAUAUAAUGGAUUUAGAAAGUGCCCUUAACCGGACAGUUAAAACUCUUGCUGUUGGUCAGUCUUUUUGCUCUUCUUUGGUUCGUUACACUGGAAAUGAUUUGCUAAUUGGUCACAAUACUUGGACACAAUUUGGUUACAUGUUACGUGUAUUGAAAAAGUAUGAGUUCAAUUUUAAAACAACUUCGUCCGCAGGUAAACUUGUACCAGGAUCAAUGAUUUCCAUGUCAUCUUAUCCAGGGAUUAUUUUCUCAAUUGAUGAUUUCUAUCUAAUCUCAUCUGGAUUAGCAGUCGCUGAGACAACGAACGGUAAUCAUAACGCCACAAGUUUUGAUCUACUUCGCCCAACGAACUGUGUUCUAACCAUGAUUCGAACCAUGGUAGCUAAUAGAUUAGCUCGUGAUGGUAAAUCUUGGGCAAAAAAUUUCGAAAAGUUCAACAGCGGAACCUACAAUAAUCAGUUCAUUGUCGUCGAUUAUAACAAGUUCCAACCUGGAUCGACAAAAAGACCCACCGAUCUCCUAUGGAUUAUUGAACAAAUGCCCGGAAGCGUCGUCUACGAUGAUAUGUCAUCAACCUUAAUUACUAACGGUUAUUGGGCAAGUUACAAUAUUCCUUAUUUCCAGAAAACUUAUCACAUUGCCGGUUAUCCUCAAUUAGUAAACAAAUAUGGCGAUUUUUAUAUCCACGAACUUAAUCCUCGUGCUAAACUGUUCAGACGAAAGCACAUCGAAGCUUUUGAUCAUAAAUCACUUCUUCAAUUGCUUCGUUACAACAAUUACACCCAAGAUCCAGAAUCUAAAUGUAAUUGUACUCCACCUUAUUCAGCAUCUAUGAGUCUCGCAUGUCGAGGUGACCUUAACGAUCCGUCGGGAAUUUAUGCAAUUCCCUCUCAAGGAGUAAUCAAUGAAGCAGCGAUCGAUACCAAAGUGACCUCAUUUGAACUGUUCAACAAGUUGAAAAUGUUCGCAAUUAGUGGGCCAACUUACGAUAAUGUUCCUCCUUUCUCUUGGUCAAAUUUCACUCUAAGAGACCAAUUAGUCCACAAAGGUCACCCUGACCUUUGGAUUUUCAAGCCGAUCUAUUUUCCUGACAAUUGAUCAUUUUGUUAAUCGAGAGGAUCAACAACCAGUAACAAUCUAAUCAUUGAUUUAAAAAGAAAAUGAUACAACUCGAUUUCCUAUCAAAGAUUAAGCUAAUUUGAUUAUUGUCGAUUGUUAAUCAAUUGUAGAGAUUAAAAUCUCUAAUGAAACGAACUAAAUUGUUUGGAUUUGAUUCCAUUUUUUUAUUUACUUUUGGAAGGACAUUUUAAUCAAAUGUCAACUAAGAAACGACUUCAAUUAAAUCGUAUGAUUAAAUGAUUGGUUUCACUUUUGUUAA